AUGGCCAAAGUAAAGAAUAAGAAGAACUCUGGUCUAGCGGACAAAGUUCAUAACAAGAGAAAAAUGGAUAACAACAAGAAGAAGUUAAACCCAUUCGAAGUGCACAUUAACAGAGAAAAACUCAAAGUUUUAGGUAAAAAAUCUAAGCAUGAUCGUGGGUUGCCUGGUGUUUCUCGCGCUAAAGCUAUACAAAAGAGGAAAGAAACUCUUGGCACCGAAAUGAAACUGAUGAAUAAGACCAACACAUUCAUUGAUAACCGUAUUGGUGAGAAAAAUAAACAGUUGUCGGCUGAGGAUCGUAUGAUUGCCAGGUUUGCUGCCGAGAGGCAGAACCAGCGCACAAAAAAGAAUAUUUACAACUUAGCUGAUGAUGAAGUUUUAACACAUAGAGGUCAAACUUUGGAGCAGAUCGAGAAGUUCGACGAUCCCAGGUCUGAUGAUGAAGAGGAUGAUGGUGGCGUAAAGUUUGGUGGUGGAUUAGGAGAUGACUUUGUGGACGGACAUUUUGGUGGCGGACUCUUGUCUCAGACUGACUCCAAACACGGCGGCAAAUCACACAAAGAUUUAAUAGAACAGCUUAUUGCUGAGUCCAAGAAAAGAAAAGCAGAUAAACAAAAAGAAAAAGAACAGGCACUAGAUUUAACAGAGAAGUUGGACAGUGAGUGGAAGGAUUUGCAUCCUGUUGUAUUUACGAAAAUGAGAAAAGAAGACAAAGAGGAAUCUGCAAUUGAUAAGCUGCUCAGUCAAGCGGAGAAGAAGAGUUUCGAUUAUGAUAAGAUGAUGAGGGAAUUGCGGUUUGAGAAGAGAGGCACUCCAUCGGAUGCUUUGAUAAAUGACAAAAAACAAGAAAAAGAAGAGAAAGAAAGAUUGGAGCAGUUAGAGAGGGAAAGAGAACAGAGGAUGUUGGGAGAAGACGAGAGGGUAGUGGUGAAGCCUCAGCAGGCUAAGCCUAAACAUAGAUCGGCAGAGGACUUGGAUGAUAAUUUCGAAUUGGACGAUGAUAAGGAGUUCAUGCUGGCGUACGAUAAAGAUGGGAAACCGCUCGUACCCGAAAAUAUUCUUAAAGAUUUCUCAGUUCCAAAUACAAGACCGAAGUUUGAUGAUGGUAUAUCUGACACGUCUGAAGAAGAAGAAGAAGAUGAUGAUGACGAUGAAAGCGAUGAUUCUGAUGACGCAGAAUCUAAUGAACAUAAUGAAAAGGUUUCUAAACAGAAUGAAGAUUCUGAUGAUGCUUUAGAUACAUCCACUGAAGCUAAAACUAAAAGAAGAAAAUCGAAAAGUGAUACAGAUAAUGAUGAAAGUGAUGAUGAUAGUGAUUCUAUCGUACCACAAAAUAAUCAACAAUUAAUUUCUAAAAAUAAAACGAAGCUUCAGAAUGGCUCUGCUAUGGAACCUGAUAGAAAAAAGCAGAGAACUGAAGAUAAAGCUAAGAAUAAAAACGAGAGUAGCAUAUUGAUCCAAAAUACAAAAGAUAAAGAAAGUGACGAUGAAAGUAACGAAAAUGGAGAAGAAGAAGACGAAGAAGGAAGUACUGAAGAAGAUGAAGACGAUGAGGAGAAAGAAGAAGAUUUCAAUGAUUUAAAAGAUUUGAAAGAAUCAGAUGUUGAUAGUGAUAAUGAAAUGGUUGAAGAAGAUGUUGAGAAGAUUGGUUCUCUGUUUGAUCUCGCGUCGGAUGAAGGAGAUAAAUUAAAGGAAUUACUUUCAGGGAAAACGCCGUCUCAGCAAUCUACAGCCUUACAGAGCCUUAUAAAAAGUUAUGACCCAAGUCUUGCAGAAAAUAACAAAGACAGACUUAGUCGACUCUUCGCUCACAUGCUUCAGUACAUAAGCGAUAUCUUCACUGACUUGAAAGACGAAAGCGACGUUUUAAAAUCACUUCUCACAUUCGAUAAGCUUGCGCCAUUUUUCUACGAUUUGGCGCACACAAACAAAGUUUCCACAAAAAAAUAUUUAGUAGAAUUAUUAAAAGAAAAAUAUGGCAACUUUAAAAAGCGGCAAAAACGUGUACCGGAUUUAGAUACGUUAAUAUUUUUCAAAUUAAUAUCUCUUUUAUAUCCCACUUCUGAUUUUCGACAUCCUGUUACGACGCCUGCAUUGAUUUUCAUGUCGGAAAUUUUAAUUUCGUGUAAAUUCAAUAACGCUUAUUCAAUAUCAAGGGGAUUGUUUGUGACUACCCUCAUAUUAGAAUACACAAUAUUAUCAAAAAGAUUAGUACCCCCAGCUAUAAAUUUUCUACGCGGUAUUUUAUAUUUAAGCGCCAAUACUAGCGUUUUGAAUCCAAUAGAAGUUGUCCCGCCAUUUAAAUUACACAGAGACGCAAAAAUUUUAAAUUUAGAUACCGACUGUUCGAAAAUGGACGUUCAAAACAAAAUGGCCGCCAAAGAUUUUGUAAUGGCCGACAUAGAUGAUGAUUUUAAAAUUCGAUGUUUGUUAACUAGUAGUGGAAUUUUGAGAGAAUUUUUUGAUUAUUUUAAUGAUAUUGAGGCACAGCAGUAUUUAUUUGAGCCGCAUUUAAAAUUGAUGGAUAGAAUCGACUUAGAUUUAUAUCCUAAGAAGAUUAACAAAACUAUUAGUGGUGUGGUUCAGUAUAUGAAGUCGACUUUAGAAGUGAAGACGUUUAGUCCGUUGUGCAGAGAGAAACCUAGACCGAAAGCUCUGAGGCUGUACGAACCAGAAAUAAAGGAAGUAUUUACUGGCAGCAAGUCAUCUAAACAACUGAAGACCAGAUACAAGAGGGAGAUGAAGGGAGCACUAAGGGAGAUCAGAAGAGACAAGUCGUUCAUCGCUUCAGUCAAGAUAAGGCAGAAGAUUCAAAGCGAUAAUAUAAGAAGAGACAAAGUGAAACAGAUAUACAAGGAUGCGGCCAUCCAACAAGGAGAGCUGAACAAAAUGAAACGUAUGAAAUAA